UCGCUCCAUCAUCACUGAUAAGGAGAAAAACUCAUUUGAGAAUUUAACUCACCAAAUGGUGCCUCACGCCCAAUGUCUGACUCCUCGGUCUUGUUUCCCCGCUCCUUGCUUCUGCAGAACAAUUUCUCUCUCAGCUGCUUUCCCUGCAACCCAACAAAUAAAAAGAACCCACUUGAGUCUUACGAAGAAAAACCCAGAUGUUAGCUUCUCAUUUCAGCCAGUGAGAUGCUCAGUUUCUGUAUUGUCAGAGCCAACCCUAAAGGAAUUGCUGAAGAAACCCUCUCCAGCUGAAAUUUCCAGGACAAUUAUGGAGUUAUCAUCCGUAGGUAGCCUUUGUACGCCUACCCAACAAGGUUUGCCACUGUGUAUUGGUGUUCGCUUUGCUGUUGACCCUGAAGGGAUGCCCAUCCUGUGCUUGAAUGCUGAAGAUAGUCAAUUCACUGUUGGCAGCGGCUAUUGUCUCAAUGUCCUGUUAGAGCAGUGUGGAGCUCGAAUUUCGCAAUGUUCGCUCCAGGGAAGCCUCACCAAACCCGAAGACAAAUUGGUUUUGAAGAAACUCCAGUCAACAUGGAAAAAGAGGUUUGAGGAGGAAGUGGAUGAUGAUCUUAUGUAUGUGGUUGCUGUAGAACGGGUGCUGCAGAUGCAAAAUUUCAUGGAGGCUGGGGAAUGGGUGACCUUGAUGGAGUACAAAAAUGCAAUCCCUGAUCCACUUAGAAACUUUGCAGAAAAAAUUGUGAAUGAAUUCAACACCAAUUUUGUUGAAGAGAUCCUUCGCUUUUGCAAUAUUUAUGUGGAUUUGGAAUUCCAGGUGAUGGAGGCAAAAUUGAUAUGGGUUGACCGGCUAGGUUUUGAUGUGCAUUUGUUGUCACCUGAAGGAGACACUUUUGAGGUCCGGGUUCCUUUCCCUAGAGAAGUUACAGAUGAGAAGAGCACAAAGUCAUCAUUUAAUUGUAUGUCCCAAUUUGCAUGGGAAGUAGAGAAAAACUACUCCACGCCAAUGUUUGAGAAAGUGAAGCAUUUGAAACAGAUUAGCUGUAGUAGACACAAGUGAUCAUAGUGAUUUUCUCAGUGGCUUUACAGUCUUUGUAGAGUUUUUGCUGGAACCAUCAAUGUGCAGU